UUCCCUUCUGUUUGCUUCCGACUUCACCGUGGCUGAGUCGAUUGAACUCCAGCGCAUUCAAAACAUGGCGCCAGACAGGGGCUCCGCGUCGCUGCAGGAUGAAAGAGCCGGACAGGGUCAAGAGACGGACGCGAUGCUGGGUCGUAGCGCAACAGGCACGAGCGGGUAUCUGGCUGAGCGGGCGUCGCAGCCACAGAACUUUACGCUUCGCGGUGUUUUGGUCGGCUUGGCAAUCGGCGUGGUGAUUUGCUUCUCCAAUAUGUAUUUUGGGUUGCAGACGGGCUGGGUCAGCGGCAUGUCUAUGCCCUCGGCGCUCAUUGGAUUCGCAUAUUUCAAGGUCGUUGCCAGAACGCUCAAGCUGCCGUUUACGCCCGUCGAAAAUGUCCUGAUCCAAUCCGUCGCGGGAUCAGUCGGCACCAUGCCUCUCGGAUGCGGGUUUGUGGGCGUCAUCCCGGCACUGAACUACCUGCUAAAACCGGAAGAGAAUGGACCGCUCGACAUUAGUCUCUGGAAGUUGAUUGUCUGGGCUGUGGGCAUCUGCUUUUUUGGCGUCGUCUUUGCGGUUCCGCUGAGGAAAGAGAUGAUCAUCAGGGAGAAACUGAAGUUUCCGAGUGGGACCGCUACUGCACUUUUGAUCAGGGUACUCCAUGGAGAUGAGAAUUCGAAGAGCAUGGUCGCUCGCCAGCAAGAGCAGUCUGAUAAUGGAGAGACUCAGGGGCUAUUACAGGGGCCGAGCACGCAGCGGGAAGAGCAUGACCUCAUGCCAUCCAUCGACGACAACCUGAAGGAGCCCGAAGACGAGGGUGAUUGGAAGGCAAAGAUCCGGCUACUACUAAUCUCUUUUGCUGGAUCUGCUCUCUACACCGUCGUAUCCUACUUUAUUCCGCAACUGCACGACAUUCCUGUUUUUGGUCUCACGCUGGCGCAGAAGUGGCUAUGGACGUUGAACCCUUCACCAGCGUACGUCGGCCAAGGCAUUAUCAUGGGGCCUGCAACGACACUGCACAUGCUUUUGGGAGCCAUCAUCGGCUGGGGCAUCCUCUCGCCGCUCGCAAAGCACAAAGGAUGGGCUCCGGGGCCUGUCUCUGACUGGACAGACGGCUCGAAAGGGUGGAUCGUGUGGAUAUCACUCGCCAUCAUGCUGGCAGAUUCACUCGUCAGCCUAGGGUGGUUGAUCCUGCGACCACUCAUUACAAUUGCCAGAGCAUACUACCCAUCUGCGCGAGAGCAUUUCCAGUCUCAUACCUGGAAAGAGAUUCUUACGUUCAAUAUCACGUCCAACCAACAGUACACUCAAAUUGGUCAUGGUACAGACCCGUUGACAUCUAUCAAACAGCACCUCGCAGCAGACUCGGACCCCGAUGCGCCGCCCGAGCAUCUCAUUUCCAACCGCACCACCAUCAUCGGGCUCGUCGUGUCCUUGGUUCUCUGCGCUAUCGCCGUUCACGUGACAUUCCCCGGCCUGAUCCCCUUCCGCCUUACGCUGCUAUCGCUGGUGCUUGCGCUCCUCCUUUCCAUCAUGGGAGUUCGCGCUCUGGGCGAGACAGACCUCAACCCUGUGUCUGGCAUUUCCAAGCUCACCCAGCUCGUCUUUGCGCUCGUCACGCCAACCACCGGACCCGGAGCCAAGAAUGCAGUCAUUAUCAACCUCGUUGCGGGCGCAGUCUCCGAGUCUGCGGCGCUGCAAGCUGGCGAUCUCCUGCAAGAUCUCAAGUGUGGUCACCUCCUGGGCGCGGCACCGAAUGCACAGUUCUGGGGCCAGAUGAUUGGCUCAGCAGUCGGUGCCGUGGUGUCGGCGGUUGUAUACAAGUUAUAUACAAACGUGUACACUAUCCCUGGAGGACUGUUCGAGGUGCCAACAGGCUACGUGUGGGUCUUUACCGCGCGACUAGUGACGGGCAAGGGGCUCCCGCCCAUGGUUAAAGAAUGGGCGAGCGGAGCAGCCGUCAUCUUCGCAGCCAGCACCAUGAUCAGGGUGUGGGGCAACAACCGCAAGCAGAGAGGUCUAAGCGGGUGGUGGAUUGACUUUGUGCCCGGCGGGAUUGCCGUGGCUGUCGGCAUGUACAAUACGCCAUCUUUCACACUUGCACGCACAAUAGGGGGCCUCAUUAGCUUGUGGUGGCGCCGCUGGAAGGGCAGGACCGAGACGCCUAUUAUCGUGCUUGCGAGUGGGCUGAUCCUGGGUGAGGGGCUGUUUAGCAUCAUGAACCUCUUGUUGGCUAGCCUGAAUGUGCCGCAUUUGUAGCGUUUCGUGAGCACUGCCUGGGUAGAUUAUGGGAGCAGGAAACCCUGAUUCAUUUAUGCAUUCC